UGAAGUAUCCGGAAGAGCUGCCGAGAAGAUGGAGAGCAAUGGGAGAAGGGUCACAGCUUGGGCCGAGGGAGCAGCCGACUCGGGGGUGGUCACUGGCGCUGUGAGCGGGGCUGGCGGCAGGAACAGCAGCGAGGUUGCUCAUAGUCAAUGCUGUCCAGUGGAGCAUCAAGUUGAUCACAUGAUUCAGAAUGAAGCACCUCAGCUCCCCAGCUUUUGCUAUGACCCUGACACCACUGCGCCAGUCAGCUUUUACAUUUCAUCACUUGAGGAACUGAAAUUGUGGCAGCCCUCUAUUCAAGACAAUCAAUUCAACAGAGCUGUUAUCCCUUUAGCUCUGCGACAGCCUCCUCUGCAGUGUAAUCGGCCAAGGACGCUGGUCUGUCAUGAUAUGGCUGGCGGAUACUUGAAUGACAGGUAUAUACAGGGCGCAUGUGAUGAGAAUCCUUUCGUCUUUUACCAUUGGUUGUAUAUAGACAUCUUUGUAUACUUCAGUCACCAAAUGGUGACCAUCCCACCAGUCUGUUGGACCAAUGCUGCACAUAAACACGGUGUUGCUAUUCUAGGAACUUUCAUCACAGAGUGGAAAGGUGGGGCUGCAAUCUGUGAGACAUUCUUGGAAAAUGAGGAGUCAUUCCAUGAGUUGGCAGAGAAGCUCGUUAUGAUUGCACAGUGCUUUCAGUUUGAUGGAUGGUUGGUUAACAUUGAAAAUGAGUUGAGUCUCACUGCAGUUAAAAACAUGCCCAAGUUUCUCAGUCAUUUACGCAGCAGGAUGCAGCAAGCUGUUCCUCAGAGCCUGGUUAUCUGGUAUGAUAGUGUCUUGGAGACUGGUGAUCUGCAGUGGCAGAAUGAGCUGAAUAAGCAUAACAAAGUUUUCUUUGAUUCCUGUGAUGGUAUUUUCCUGAACUAUAAUUGGAAGGAACAGCAUCUCAAGCAAAUGAUGACACUGGUGGAGGAACGUCAUGCUGAUGUCUAUGUUGGAGUUGAUGUGUUUGGCCGAGGAGAUGUUGUAGGAGGAAAGUUUGAAACCAAUCAGUCCUUUGAGCUGAUCCGGAAGUACAAUUUCUCAGGGGCUAUAUUUGCUCCUGGCUGGGUUUAUGAGACUUUGGAUAAGGAGAGCUUCCAUCAAAACCAGCUGAAGUUCUGGAGUUUUUUGGUUGAGAAUUUGCCCAUUCACAGCAUCUGCACACUACCCCUCGUCACAUCCUUUUGUCAAGGCUUUGGGAAGAAUUUUUACAGGAAUGGAAAGGUGGAGACUACCGGAAAUUGGCUGAAUCUAAGUGCACAGGAAAUUCAGCCUUUAUUUGUAGAUCAGCAGCCAGAUUUAGCUGAUAGUUUUGUGAAGACAUAUGGGUGUUCAGAAGAUGCCUGGAAUGGAGGAUGCAGUUUGGUAAUUGAGGGGCUAAUCCCUGGUACCAGACCAGAAAUAUCUGUGAGGUUAUUUGGCUUGCAGGUCCAGAGUCCUCCCAAAGUUUUUGUUGCCUUUAUUUACAAGCUGGAAAAUGGCAGUGGAGUCGAUGUACGUCCACAGCUAACGACUUGCCCGUUGUCACAGUGCAGUUCUGACAAGGUUUCCUCAGUUAAUGUAUUGAAACCAUUGCCACUGCCAGGGGAUAAUGCCCUUGUUCAGAAAUUUAUUCAGAAUUGUGCUCCUUGGAAUCCUGAGGGAUGGACGUGUUGCUGCUUUCUCUUAGAACUGACAGACUGCAAUCUUCAGGAUUUGUCUGUCAGCAUUGCCCGUGAGGUGAAAGAUGACAAGGACGUGCACUUUAAAUGCAGAAUUGGAGAAAUCAAGAUUCUGGAUGCUGCCAAAUUGACUGUGGAACAGAUUCCAGUUAAGAAGCUCACGGUCUUCAAUAUUUUGUGGAGAAAGGUUCAUGAAGCUGAAGACCAGCUGUCUCUGAGCGUCACACUACAGUGGGCCUAUCCCCCAGACACAGCAAGUUACUUCGAGAUAUAUUGUCAAGGAAUAAGCCAACAUAAAGACCAAAAGAUUGCCAACUCUGAACUGACACGUGUUGGCCGGACAAGUGCAAACCUUUACCGUGUGGUGGGUCUGCAGAUUCAUAAUGCUCCAGUGGGUAGGGCCUGUCAAGUGGAGUUUCUAAUCCAGCCAGUGACUCAGGCAGGUUUUAUGGUAGAUCGAUCGGCUUGGGGAAAGUUAACACUGAACUACAGCCACCCACACUGAAGCGGUGUGCGGCAUCCAUCUGUUACUGGUCGAAAGAUAAGUUCAAACUUUAUUUGCUUUGUAUUUGCAGCUGGGGCAUUUCAGCAGUCAGUCAGCCCUUUAUGGGAUGGCUGUGACUGGUGAAACACCUGCAUUACUUUCCUGCAUCUCCUACACAAGAACAGAAAAGGUUUGUUUUAUCACUUGCAUCGAGGUGGAUAUUUCCUGCUCCUAUCUUUUCUUGUACUUAUGAAUAAAUCUUUUUUUUUAAUUUAAGAAUUCUUUCCUGAGAAAAUGGAUCUUGA